AAGAUAAGAGCCCACUGUCUCAUUCUGGCUUUGGAGACUCUCUCUCUUGCUUUUUUGCUCUAUAACAAUUCACUGAGUGGGGUAUCUUCCAUGGCAGAGCAGCAGCAGCAGCAGCAGCUAAUGAUAGUAGUCUCCUCCUUGUUCAUAGCCAUCAUUGGCGGUGCAUUAGUCUCAUCGGUGGAGGGUAACUGGUGCGUAGCCAGAAGUGAUGCCAGCAACCAGGCCCUGCAGGGGGCCUUGGACUAUGCUUGUGAGUCUGGGGCAGACUGCACUCCGAUUCAGCCGAAUGGGCUCUGCUCUCUCCCCAACACCAUCCAGGCCCACGCCUCUUAUGCCUACAACAGCUUCUUCCAGAGAAAGGCCAUGGCUCCUGGCUCCUGUGACUUCUCUGGCACUGCCACUGUUGCCAAAACUGACCCCAGUUAUGGAUCUUGUGUAUACCCAUCUUCAGCAAGCGCCGCUGGAGGGAUCGCUACGCCAUCAACAAACAACCCAAACGUGCUUACACCACCAGGAACUACAACUCCAACGUUGGGCGGCAAUGGUGCUACCGGCGGUUUGAAUCCCGGAAUGACCCCUCCGUUACCACCUGACAAUUCCGAAGCUCGUACAGCAGCAUUCAUGGUCACACCAUUCUUGAUGCCUAUUCUCAUUUUCACUAGUUCUCUCAUUUUUCUUGAAUAGAGCUGCAUUGGGCUGAGCAAGGUGAAAGCUUAAUUACACAGUUUUGUUAGAAGUAAUUGGAACCCUUUUUCAAUUUCUUUGAAUUGAUCGAUCAUCAACGUUUGUGAAGCAUAGCAGUGAAAGUAGAUAAAGAUUGAAAGGUUAAAGGCCAA